UCGGCACCGGCGUCAACGACCUCAAGAGCAAGCACUCAACCGCACCAUCCGGUUCACCCUAAAAAAUGGCUUCAUCAGUAAAGGCCGUUCAGACGUUCGGUAAAAAGAAGACUGCAACAGCCGUCGCCCAUGCGAAAGAGGGCCGUGGUCUUAUCCGCAUUAAUGGCUCACCUAUCAACCUCGUUCAACCUGAAAUUUUGCGUCUCAAGGUGUACGAGCCCGUCCUUGUUGCUGGCGAGGACUCCUUUGCACCUCUCGACAUCCGCGUGCGGGUGAAAGGUGGAGGUCACACUUCUCAGGUCUACGCCAUUCGCCAAGCUAUCGCCAAAGCCCUCAUUGCGUACUAUGCCAAGUACAUCGAUGCAUCCAGUGCAAUGGAGUUGAAGAAGAAGUUGGUGGCAUAUGAUAGAACUCUCCUUAUUGCCGAUCCCAGACGGAUGGAACCCAAGAAGUUUGGUGGUCAUGGUGCUCGUGCUCGCAGGCAAAAGAGUUACCGUUGAAUAUUCUAUUUUUCUGUCUUCUCUUCCUGGUUAUGUUUCAUGUCACGUACUCUUCUAUGAAACCAUGCCAAUCUUAUGGAAAACAACCGCUU